AUGAUGACUUAUGGCCUCCACGCAUCUGGGAGACAGAGGAUGUUUCUUGCAUUGAUCCAAGGAUGGGAAAGCGAAGAAUCAGAGGACGUUUUAUGGGAAGCUGACAGAUUACUGGACGCCUAUCUCUACGUGUCGAGCAUUCUGCAGCAGCGAUUCCGCCAGGAUAUCGAUGGCAAUGAUCCGCUCGUUCACGCUGGACUUAAAUGGCAC